AUGGAACCGGGGGGCCGGGCCCGCACUGGUCCCCCGCAGCCGGCGGCCCCGGGGCCGUGGAGAGCUCGGCCGGCGGGCGGCGGCGCCUCCUUCUGGCUGCUGGACGGGAACAGCUGGCUGCUGUGCUAUGGCUUCCUCUACCUGGCGCUCUACGCGCAGGUGUCCCAGUCCAAGCUCUGCGAGAGGACCGGCUCCUGCUUCUCGGGCCGCUGUGUCAACUCCACCUGCCUCUGCGACCCGGGCUGGGUGGGGGACCAGUGCCAGCACUGCCAGGGCAGGUUCAAGUUAACAGAACCUUCUGGAUAUUUAACAGAUGGUCCAAUUAACUAUAAGUAUAAAACCAAAUGUACAUGGCUAAUUGAAGGCUAUCCAAAUGCAGUGUUAAGAUUAAGAUUCAAUCAUUUUGCUACAGAAUGUAGCUGGGAUCAUAUGUAUGUUUAUGAUGGAGAUUCAAUAUAUGCACCUUUAAUAGCUGUACUUAGUGGUUUGAUAGUCCCUGAAAUAAGGGGAAAUGAAACUGUGCCUGAAGUUGUUACAACGUCUGGCUAUGCACUGUUACAUUUUUUUAGUGAUGCUGCAUAUAAUCUAACUGGCUUCAACAUUUUUUACUCAAUCAACUCUUGUCCUAACAAUUGCUCUGGUCAUGGGAAGUGUACAACUAGUGUCUCUGUUCCAAGUAGAGUAUAUUGUGAGUGUGAUAAAUACUGGAAGGGUGAAGCUUGUGACAUUCCUUACUGUAAAGCCAAUUGCGGCAGUCCAGAUCAUGGUUACUGUGACCUAACAGGAGAAAAGCUGUGCGUCUGCAAUGAUAGUUGGCAAGGUCCUGAUUGUUCUUUGAAUGUUCCUUCCACUGAGUCUUACUGGAUUCUGCCAAAUGUUAAACCCUUCAGUCCUUCUGUAGGUCGGGCUUCCCAUAAAGCUGUUUUACAUGGGAAAUUUAUGUGGGUGAUUGGUGGAUAUACUUUUAACUACAGUUCUUUCCAAAUGGUCCUGAAUUACAAUUUAGAAAGCAGUAUAUGGAAUGUAGGAACUGUAUCAAGGGGACCUCUCCAGAGAUACGGGCAUUCUCUUGCUUUAUAUCAGGAAAACAUCUUUAUGUAUGGAGGCAGAAUUGAAACAAGUGAUGGCAAUGUCACAGAUGAAUUAUGGGUUUUUAACAUACAUAGUCAGUCGUGGAGUACAAAAACUCCUACUGUGCUUGGACAUGGUCAGCAGUAUGCUGUGGAGGGACAUUCAGCACAUAUUAUGGAGUUGGAUAGUAGAGAUGUUGUCAUGAUCAUAAUAUUUGGAUAUUCUGCAAUAUAUGGUUAUACAAGCAGCAUACAGGAAUACCAUAUCUCAUCAAACACUUGGCUUGUUCCGGAAACUAAAGGAGCUAUUGUUCAAGGUGGAUAUGGCCAUACCAGUGUGUAUGAUGAAAUAACAAAGUCCAUUUAUGUUCAUGGAGGCUAUAAAGCAUUACCAGGCAACAAAUAUGGAUUGGUAGAUGACCUUUAUAAGUAUGAAGUUAACACUAAGACUUGGACUAUUUUGAAAGAAAGUGGGUUUGCCAGAUACCUUCAUUCAGCUGUUCUUAUCAAUGGAGCUAUGCUUAUUUUUGGAGGAAAUACCCAUAAUGACACUUCCUUGAGUAACGGUGCAAAAUGUUUUUCUGCCGAUUUCCUGGCAUAUGACAUAGCUUGUGAUGAAUGGAAAAUAUUACCAAAACCAAACCUUCAUAGAGAUGUCAACAGAUUUGGACACUCUGCAGUUGUCAUUAAUGGGUCCAUGUAUAUAUUUGGAGGAUUUUCUAGUGUACUCCUUAAUGAUAUACUUGUAUACAAGCCUCCAAAUUGCAAGGCUUUUAGAGAUGAAGAACUUUGUAAAAAUGCUGGUCCAGGGAUAAAAUGUAUUUGGAAUAAAAAUCACUGUGAAUCUUGGGAGUCUGGGAAUACUAAUAAUAUUCUUAGAGCAAAGUGCCCUCUGAAAACAGCUGCUUCUGAUGACAGAUGUUACAGAUAUGCAGAUUGUGCCAGCUGUACUGCCAAUACAAAUGGGUGCCAGUGGUGCGAUGACAAGAAAUGCAUUUCAUCAAACAGUAACUGCAGUAUGUCUGUGAAAAACUAUACCAAAUGUCAUGUGAGAAAUGAGCAGAUUUGUAACAAACUUACCAGCUGUAAAAGCUGUUCACUAAACUUGAAUUGCCAGUGGGAUCAGAGACAACAAGAGUGCCAGGCUUUACCAGCUCAUCUUUGUGGAGAAGGAUGGAAUCAUAUUGGGGAUGCUUGUCUUAGAAUUAAUUCCAGUAGAGAAAACUAUGACAAUGCAAAACUUUAUUGCUAUAAUCUUAGUGGAAAUCUUGCUUCAUUAACAACCUCUAAAGAAGUAGAAUUUGUACUGGAUGAAAUACAGAAGUAUACGCAACAGAAAGUAUCACCUUGGGUAGGCUUACGCAAGAUCAAUAUAUCCUACUGGGGAUGGGAAGACAUGUCGCCAUUUACAAACACAACACUACAGUGGCUUCCUGGUGAACCCAAUGAUUCUGGGUUCUGUGCGUAUCUAGAAAGGGCAGCAGUGGCAGGCUUAAAAGCUAAUCCUUGUACCUCUAUGGCAGAUGGUCUUGUCUGUGAAAAACCUGUUGUUAGUCCAAAUCAAAAUGCAAGGCCUUGCAAAAAGCCAUGCUCUUUAAGGACAUCGUGUUCCAACUGUACCAGCAAUGGCAUGGAGUGUAUGUGGUGCAGCAGCACGAAGCGAUGCGUUGACUCAAAUGCUUACAUAAUCUCUUUUCCAUAUGGACAGUGUCUGGAGUGGCAGACUGCCACCUGCUCUCCUCAAAAUUGUUCUGGAUUGAGAACCUGUGGACAAUGUUUGGAACAGCCUGGGUGUGGCUGGUGCAACGAUCCUAGUAAUACAGGAAGAGGACACUGCAUUGAAGGGUCUUCCCGGGGACCAAUGAAGCUUGUUGGAAUGCAUAAUAAUGAGAUGGUUCUUGACACCAGUGUUUGUCCUAAAGAGAAGAACUAUGAGUGGUCCUUUAUCCAGUGUCCAGCUUGCCAGUGUAAUGGACAUAGCACUUGCAUCAAUAAUAACGUGUGCGAACAGUGUAAAAAUCUUACCACAGGAAAGCAGUGUCAAGACUGCGUGCCAGGUUAUUAUGGAGAUCCAACCAACGGAGGACAGUGUACAGCUUGUACAUGCAGUGGACAUGCAAAUAUUUGUCAUAUGCACACAGGAAAAUGUUUCUGCACAACUAAAGGAAUAAAAGGUGAUCAAUGCCAAUUAUGUGACUCUGAAAAUCGCUAUGUUGGUAAUCCACUUAGAGGAACAUGUUAUUACAGCCUUUUGAUUGAUUAUCAGUUUACAUUCAGCUUAUUACAGGAAGAUGAUCGCCACCAUACUGCCAUAAACUUCAUAGCAAACCCAGAACAGUCAAACAAAAAUUUGGAUAUUUCAAUUAAUGCAUCAAACAACUUUAAUCUCAACAUUACAUGGUCAGUUGGUUCAACAGCUGGAACAAUAUCUGGGGAGGAGACCCCUAUAGUUUCCAAGACUAAUAUAAAAGAAUACAGAGAUAGUUUUUCCUAUGAAAAAUUUAACUUUAGAAGCAAUCCAAACAUUACGUUCUAUGUGUACGUCAGCAACUUUUCAUGGCCCAUUAAAAUACAGAUUGCAUUCUCACAACACAAUACAAUCAUGGAUCUUGUGCAGUUUUUUGUCACCUUCUUCAGUUGUUUUUUAUCCUUAUUACUGGUGGCCGCUGUGGUGUGGAAGAUCAAGCAAACAUGUUGGGCUUCUCGGCGGAGAGAGCAACUGCUUCGAGAACGACAGCAGAUGGCCAGCCGUCCCUUUGCUUCUGUUGAUGUAGCCCUGGAAGUGGGAGCUGAACAAACAGACUUUCUGCGAGGGUCAUUAGAGGGAGCACCCAAACCAAUAGCCAUUGAACCAUGUGCUGGGAACAGAGCGGCAGUUCUGACUGUGUUUCUUUGUCUACCACGAGGAUCAUCAGGUGCCCCUCCCCCAGGGCAGUCAGGCCUUGCAAUUGCCAGUGCCCUAAUAGAUAUUUCACAACAGAAGCCUUCAGAUAGUAAAGACAAGACUUCAGGAGUCCGAAAUCGAAAACACCACCUCUCAACACGUCAAGGAACGUGUGUCUGAGAAACAGAAACUGCUCCUGGAGGUUCUGUAAUGUUUGACUUUGUAAAUGGCUUCCAUUAAGGCUGGUCUGUGGCCUCUAUUUUUAUGGAGGCAAAUCUCUGUAUGGUCCCAGGGCCCAGAUACAGUUCCCUGCAAAUGGGCAAUGACCCGAGUGGCCAAAGAAUGUUCAUGAGUUUUAUCAAAGUAACAGUAUUGAUGGUCACAGUGAUAAAGUUAGUUUUUAAGACUAUCUUAGGCUUAUCACAGAUAACAUUACUCUGGAAAAAAAAUGUAUAUUGUUUCUUAAUGCAGAUGAAAAAUAUGUAAUUCAUAUAAACCAAACUGUUUAUAUCCCAAGACUUUAAAGAAAGACAUUUUAUAAUGCCUGAAUGAUGAGAAUUGUACAGUUUUUGCCUCAUAAGCAAACUUAAGUCACUUGUAUAUGAGCAGGAAGUGAACAAAUUGCAAUGGCUUUAAAUGCUGUUUUAUCUCAUGUAAACGUAAAAGCAGGAUUUUGAUUUAGUAGGAUGUAAGCAAUGUAUUUAAAUAUUUCACAGGACCAUAUCAUGUCCAAACUCAGUUUUCAAAUGUGACUAUUUUCCACCUAACUGGAAUGCAGACCAAAAUGAGUCCAUUUGGAUAGAUGGUAUAUGCAACUUCACAGGAGGUUUAUUAGAAUUCUGAGUGAAGAGGACAUUGCUGUCGUCCAUGCCAACUGCCUAACUCAUUAUCAGAGCUGAUAGAGCAUGGAAAAGCCUGUCCAGCAAUCAAUUUUUGCCCUCCUUCCCAAACCAGCCUCCAAUACCGCAAACCUAAAGAGAGCUGAAAUAGUUAUUUUACAGUGUGCAAGCUUCUGCUCUAAUAUGGUAAUUUUUUAAUUGCCUGGGAAUCAUUGGAUCAGACCUAAAUGAUCCAUCUGCAUUUUUAUAAGAACAGAUAUGUUCUUUUGGCCUUCCUCUCCUAGCGGCUAGAUUUUAUCUACUUUUUACAAACAUUAUGAAAAGUAUUUUAGAGACAACACCUCCUCCAAGUCAUAAUGUGACCCAGGUUCCUUCCUGCCAACUAUUUCACUUAGAACACAAGUAGAGAAGAGCAUUUGCUGGCAAGCAUCUACAGUAUUCCUGUUUCUAACACAAGCACAUUGGUGUCAUGAGAGAGUCUCCAGUUUAAGAAAUAAAAUAAGUUCAUUGUUGCCCACAUUUAGCAUAUUGUUAAUGAUUCAAAAAUCUGAAUUACGGCAGAAAGGAAAAAUGAUAGAAGACAGCUUUCACAUUGGAACAUAGAAUCAUUUGUGUCCUAAUUUUGACAACAGUUCACUAGAACUCAGUAGA